GUCCAGUUAGCCCAACUUUGGUUCGCAGACGGAUAUGGAAGCGUCUCACCCAGCCCCAGAGGGUAUUAUGUUACCCCCAAGCUCUAUGGACUCGGCAGGUUCGGUUGACUCGACCUCGUCCGGCUCUACCGUCGAGCAUACCAGGGAGCCAGAAAGCAGUGAUCACGUCACGAUCACCUUGUCUCUCACGCCUGAUUCGCCUGCCCAAACCCCGAGUCGUGCUUCUUUCAACCGCUCCCACGUCCGCUCACGAUCGAUGAUCGAGGUUCCAGGCGUCCCUCCAAUGACGCGCGCCCACUCUUCCCCCGGGCUGGACUCGCGGGGCAGGUAUAUCUUCGUCAAUGGUCGCGUGGGCUCUGCCAACGCUGGCGAUAAUUCAGCUAGGCGUUAUCUGCCGCUGCAGGUGAACACGGGGGAAUCGUCCGACUCGAGAAUGGUGCCCCUGAACGUCUCCCAGACCAUCUCUGAGAACGCGGAGUUGGACACCAGGAUGGUUACGUCUCCUUCCAAGGCCGACUGGCACCCUACAUCGCCUGUACUCCCGCACACACUUCCUCGCGUCAAUCGUCGACGUCCCUCGUCUCCUUUGAGUUUCCAUCCGCCAUCGUCGCCUGGUUCGGUUAUGGGCAGCCCGUCUCCCUCGCACUCAUCUCCUGGCGUACUCAGUUCGCGAUUCAAUGAGACCUUUCCAGGCUACUCUGCUUCUUCUACUUCAUCUAUUCCCUCGACUCCUACCAGUCUCCGAUCUCGCAGCCCGAGCAUCUCCUCGCUGGAAACCAUUCCGGAUAUUCCCGAUGCGGAAGCAGCAGCCAUAGAGGCGGACAGGAUCGCAGCAUUGAAAGCUGCUGCCGAUAAAGCCGAUGAAGCGGAAGAGGCCACCAAUACGAAUCGACGGCGUGGAACUUCCGAUGCUUCGGGUCCCUCGAGCCCUUUCAUGAACACGCGCGUUUCAUCUGGUGGAUACGGGGUGCGGGCCGAUAAGCGGAAGCGCUGGAGUGUUUGUGGAGCGGAACGUCGUCAAGACCUGGAUUUGGAGACCAUCUGGGAAGAUUGAGGAGUCAAAUGAAUCCGACACAACUACUAUCAGGAACCACGAUCCUUCUUGCAAUGGACAACGGCUCUCGCCGGGCGUCAAGAACCACAAACCGCCCGAGCCGACCUUAUUGAACCUUAUCGAACACACAUUUCUCAUCCUUUCAUUCAAUUCGGCGCUCAAUCGAGGGAUACCCCCAUCUCUUCCGUCCUCUUUCUAGCACGUGCGGUGUUUUUGUGCUUCGAAUUUUGCCGAGGAGGGAAGAGCGGAGUCUUGAGGAUCACGCAGGCUCGUUGAUACUCUAGUCGUGGAAGGCAGCAUAUUGGCGCAUGGUCACUUCAAAUGAUGCCCUGGGCGGAUUUAGUCUCUGGGGUUUAUGCGUUCCUGUUCUUUCACUCUUGCUUCCUAUUAGCUGUCGUUUCUUUUUUCUCUCCUCUAUUUUUUUUCGAGCGAGAUUGACCUACCAACCUGUGAUUCC